CUUCCUUGGCGGCAGCUCCCAAACCAGAAACGGAUCAAUAUACUUACGAAGAUCCUCUACUUUUGUUGUUUUAGUACGUCGUAUUGAGGUAUAGCGCGCUAACUCCGCUACUUUUCUAUUCAUAUUUCGCUUAUAAAUAAGCUUGCCGAUAUGGGCUGUUAACUUUGCCGACUUGUUAGCUAGCUAGAUAGCUUGCUAAAACAUAGCUAACGUUAGCUAGCUAGCUACAACCAGCGUAUCAGGCUAUCUAGCUCGGUAAUAAUGAACCAUGUCUAGCUCUUUGACGGCAGAGCAGCAGCGGAAGAUCGAGGAGAACAGACAGAGAGCUUUAGCGAUUAGAGCGCAGAGACAUGCUGCUCAGUCAAACAACCAGACGCCGAUAUCAGUCCUCAACAACCCAGCCAGUGGCCCUCAGCAAGGCAACCAGACGCCAAUAUCAGUCCUCAACAACCCAGCCAGUGGCCCUCAGCAAGGCACUAGCGCUCACUCUGGUCCAGCUGUUCCAAGAGGGACACCUUCUAAUUCAACUCCCCGAACAGGACCAACGCAUAAUACUGGGCCUCAGAAUUAUGUCCCACAGGGUCAAGACAGGAGACCUAACCAGUUGUUUUCUAGGCCAAGGGACAAGUCUGGACAGAAUUCACCAGUCUCCAAUACUGCCACUAAACAGGUGAAAGUAAUAGACCCACUACCUCUCCCAAAGGGACAACAUUCCUUGAAAGGGUUAGAUGUGUUUACCAGAGGAAGCCCCCCUGCGUUCAAACCUCCACUGCCAAAGACAGCAGUGUUACCUGGUCCAUCUCCUUCUUCUACAAGUGCAACUGGCAGUUUCUGUGUUUCUACACCUCAUCCAAAGACCUCUUCUCCUGGUCUGUCUUCCAGUUCUGGAAGUGCCACUGGUAGUUUCUAUAAACAAGGAACCAAACAUGGAGCCACACCCCCAUCUGUCCAGAGUGCAGUGAGACGGCAGCCUUCCUCCAGCAGUACUGACAUUAGCAAUUCUGUACCUGCGAAGACCCCUGCCGUCACAGUCAGAGGAAAAUGUGUCUCUCACUCAGAGGAGCGUUUCAGAGUGGAAGUCAGCUACCAUGCUGAGCUGAUUGCUGUGUUCAAAAACAUCCCUUCUCGGAACUAUGACCCUGCUACAAAGAUGUGGAACUUCAGUCUUGAGGACCAUCGUCAGCUAAUGGAGGAGGCAGGCUCCAUCUCCUGUGUAUGUCUGAAACCUCUGGAGGGGAUGGGGGGUAUUGCCGUGGCGGCGGCGGCGUCGUCUAGCCGGUCCCGUGACGCUCCUGCGCCGGCGGCCCUGCUGAAGCUGUGUAGUGGCUGGCAGAGACCAGGGGCCACCGUACAGGGCCACGCCACCCUGGUGUCACGAUCACGCUUCGAGGUCGACGUUGGCUACCAUGUUGACGUCAUCGCUGCUUUCAAACAGAUGCCGUCCAAGAACUAUGAUAUGAAGACAAGGAAGUGGAGCUUCUUGCUUGAGGAUUAUAAAAGACUUAUGGAUGCUCUUGGUACCAUUCCAUCAGUAGAGAUUGAGCCUCUCCCUAGGGCUGUGGUCCAGGUGUUCUCUGCCCUGUUUGAAGGCAGCCAGACGUGGCCAUCAGAGGUUCCUGAAGCUGACCUGUCCUCCAUCGACCCCUCAUUGACACGUAGUCUCAUGCCCUUCCAGAGAGAUGGUGUCAACUUUGCGGUGUCCAAAGAUGGCCGCCUCCUCCUGGCGGAUGACAUGGGUCUGGGGAAGACAGUUCAGGCCAUCUGCAUAGCUGCCUACUACAGGAAAGAGUGGCCUCUAUUAGUGGUGGCCCCCUCUUCGGUCAGAUUCACCUGGGCUGAGGCGUUCAGGCGGUGGCUGCCAUCUGUGCAGCCCGACAGUAUCAAUGUGAUUGUCAAAGGGAAAGACAACCUGAGGGGUGGUCUGGUCAACAUCAUCAGCUAUGAUCUACUGAGCAGGAUGGACAAGCAGCAGGCAGCUAACCCCUUCAAUGUCCUCAUCAUGGAUGAGUCCCACUUUCUGAAGAACAUGAAGACUGCCCGCUUUAAGUCUGCCUUGCCACUGCUCAAGGUAGCUAAGCGUGUGAUCCUGCUGUCGGGGACUCCUGCCAUGUCCAGACCCUCAGAGCUCUACAGUCAGAUCCUGGCUGUCAAGCCCUCCCUGUUCCCCCGCUUCCAUGACUUUGGGACCAGAUACUGCAAUGCCAGACAGCUGCCGUGGGGUUGGGACUAUUCUGGCUCCAGUAACCUAGGAGAACUGAAGCUGGUGUUGGAGAAGAGUCUAAUGUUACGCCGUCUCAAGUCCGAGGUCCUCUCUCAGCUUCCUGCCAAGCAACGCAAGGUUGUCACGGUGACCACAGACGGUAUCAACACCCGCACCAAGGCAGCUCUGUCAGCCGCAGCCAAGGAACUGGCCAAGGGGCAACACAACAACAACAAGAUAAAGGAGGCUCUGCUGGUUUUCUUUAACCACACAGCUGAGGCCAAGAUUAAAGCUAUCAUGGAGUACAUCAUGGACUUGUUAGAGUGCGGAAGAGAAAAAUUCCUGGUGUUUGCUCAUCACAAGCUGGUCCUGGACUCCAUCACCAAGGGGCUGGGAGAGAAGGGUAUCGACUACAUCCGUAUAGAUGGAUCCACCCCGUCAUCAGAUCGGCAGCAGCUCUGUGACCGGUUCCAGUUCACUGACCAGAGCUGUGUAGCAGUGCUCUCUAUCACUGCAGCUAACAUGGGCCUCACCCUGCACUCUGCUGCUCUGGUGGUGUUUGCUGAGCUGUUCUGGAACCCUGGGAUAAUGAUCCAGGCUGAGGACAGAGUGCAUCGUAUCGGUCAGACCAGCAACGUGGACAUUCACUACCUGGUCGCCAAGGGAACCGCAGAUGACUACCUGUGGCCCAUGAUCCAGGAGAAGAUGAAUGUUCUGGAGCAGGUGGGGCUCUCAGAAUCCAACCUGUUAGAGAAGGCAGAGUCUGCCAGAUUCCACUCCAAGGACCCCCAGCAGAGAAGGAUCACUGAGAUGUUCCAGAGGUCGUUCACUGAGGAGGAGGAUGAUGCUGAUAUGGAUGAAGCCCUUCUAUUGGAGGCUGUGGAUGCCUGGGAUGACCCUAGCAACCACCCAGGAAGUAGUUUCUGUCACACAGGAAGUGAUGUAGAAGAGAGCCCCAGCAAGAAGAGACGCAUAGAGGACUACUUUGGCAGAUAAUUCCUGGAGUAAACCUAGUGAUUCCCCAUGUGUACCUAGAUUACUGUAUUACUCAGAGGUCCACUAUCUUAAUGAAACUAAUGAUCAUGAGUAGUGUACUUUGGAUGAGUUGUUUCUGGGUAUUAUUUGUCAUCUAUGUAAUUAUUGCUUUUAUUUACUUUUUUAUUUACUUUUUUUCUCCAACCAAAGUAAAUAAAUUGGAUUUUCUUGAAGUUA